ACGCGCAUGUUUUUCCAGCAGCAAUUCGUGCCGGUGUGACAAGAGCGUGAUGGAGUUAUUCGCGAGAAAUUUUAAAUUUUCUUCUUUAUUCUUAAGUUCCAGCGUAAUUUUAAGCGUAAUAUGUACUUCCGAAGUCCCGAGACCGCGCGGUGUGUCUUUAUCAAGAGCGUCUUUAUACAAUCCAGAGCGAAAUUUUUUAUGUUUUGAUAACAGUAAAACGAUACCCUUCGUCCAGGUGAACGACGAUUAUUGCGACUGUCCCGACGGGAGCGACGAGCCGGGGACGUCGGCCUGUCCCCACGGGAUUUUCCACUGUACCAACGCUGGGCAUAAACCCAUGAACUUGGCCUCCAGUCGGGUGAACGACGGCGUGUGCGACUGCUGCGACGGCAGCGACGAGUACGCCAGAAAUACGAUCACGUGCCCCAAUAUUUGCAUGCAGUUGGGGCGACAUGCGAGGGAGGAGGCGCAGAGGAUGGCGGAGUUGGUCAAAGCCGGGAAGCAUCUGAAAGCUGAGCUGAGUCAAAGAGGUAUGCAGCUGAAGGAAGAAAAGAAGGAGAAGCUAGUGGUGCUAGAAAAGAACAAAGAGGAGGCUGAGAGAGUCAAACAAGAGAAGCAACAAAUCAAAGAUGAGCUUGAAGCAGCUGAGAAUAAGGCGCUGGAAAUUUACAGAAAAAUGGAAGAUGAAGAGAAGAAGAGAAAAGCGGAAGCUGAAGCAGCCAAGAAUAGGGAAGAAGCCACAGAGACUUUUGUCAAGUUUGACUCCAACCAAGACGGUUUUGUGGAGAUUUCUGAGUUACAAACAAGACAAACGUUUGACAAAGAUAAAAAUGGAGAAGUUUCCGUGGAAGAAGCCCGCUAUUUCCUCAACAAUGAAGACGCAGUAGAGCUUGAAAAAUUCGUCACAGACGCUUGGCCUAACAUCAAACCCUACCUAAUGAUGGACGCCGGUCUCUUCAAGCCCCCAGUCCCCCAAGAAGAAAGCCCCAGUGAAGCCGACGACCUCCAAGGCGACGAAGCGGACGAAGAAGAAGCCCCUCAAGACGAAGAAGAACCAGAUGAAGGCGAAGACGAACCGGAGCAACCUGAAGAGGCUGUAGAAGAACCGGCGCCGCUGCCCUACGACGACGAGACCCAAAAGCUCGUGGAUCGAGCAACUUUCGCUAGGAACGAGUUUGCGGACGCUGAGCGAGCCGUCAGAGACAUAGAAGCCGAAAUUAAUAACAUCCAAGACUACCUGGAGAAGGAUUUCGGGCCUGAAGAGGAGUUCGCGUCUCUUCAAGGCGAAUGCUUCGAUUAUUCCGACCACGAGUACAUUUAUAAGUUGUGUCCGUUCGAGAAGACCACUCAGCUGCCAAAGUCCGGCUCCAUGGAGACUAGGUUGGGGUCGUGGGGCCGCUGGGAUGGUCCUGAGGAUAAUAAGUAUGAGUCUAUGUUGUACGACAAGGGCCAGUCUUGCUGGAACGGUCCUCAGAGGUCUUCCAAAGUGAAAGUUGUGUGUGGUGUCACGAAUGAAGUGACUUCUGUUACUGAACCUAAUCGAUGUGAAUAUCUGUUUGAGUUUGUUACUCCAGCGGCUUGUAGGGAAAUUGCUAGUGAUGUAGAUGAUUUACAUGAUGAAUUGUAAUUGUAUUUUGAUAUUUGUAAAUCUUUAAAUUUGUAUCUUUUGAUAUUGUCGGGAUUUCCUCUAGCGACCUGCAGCAUUUUCCUUUCGGUUUAAUGGACACUGAUUAUGGAGUGAUAGUAUGUAUGAAUUUAUUUUUCGUUUAUUAGUCGUAUGGUGGAAGAUAAUCAGUGAUAAUUGUAAGACCAAGAACUGUUAUCAAUUGUGAAUUGAAGUACUAUUUAAUAAAACACUUUAGAUAAGAAAAA